GGUUAGACAGGUGAAUUAGAUACAGGUGUUAUAUAGCAUCAUUUAAGACAACUUCUCCAAGCCAAGGUGAGGAGGUUCUUCUGGAACCAAUCAACAGCAUCCAAUCAACAGCCUGAACAACAAAUCAACAGCAUCCAAUCAACAGCCUAAACAACAAAUCAACAGCAUCCAAUCAACAGCCUGAACAACAAAUCAACAGCAUCCAAUCAACAGCCUGAACAACAAAUUAAUAGGAUCCAAUCAACUACCUAAACAAACUACAAACCAAUCAACAGUCUAGAUAAACUUAUAAAGUAAAUAUGAAUCUGUCAAUUUAAAAAAGGAUAAACAGCAGAACACUGGGAGUUUACUUGGCAGUAUUUACUUUAAAAAAUACUGUGUACAAAACUGCAUAAUGUUGAAUGACUAGCAAAAACCCUUUCAGCUAAUGUUAAGGAAUUCAAAAUUUAUGAAAGCAAGUUUAGCCAUAAACUGGGUGAGAGAACAUAAAAACAGACAAAAGACGGAUUUUACUUCAUAGCAUAAAGAUUACCCUCUGUGAACUUGAAAAUACAUAAAGGUAAACACUACAAGAGCAAUAAAGACAAAGACUUUAAAGAAAUUGAACAUAUUUGUAAAUGUAUCAAGUUAUAAAAUGUAGGACGUGCCAGGCAAGUGACACUAAAUAUUAAUGCCUUUAUUACUAAACAUUGGCAGGUGAUUAACAACACCUGUUAUUAAACUACUGUUUCUUAUGACCGACUUGUGCAUUAUUAAACAGAGAACAAAUUAGAAUAAAGAAUGACAGAGUCCUAAAUAAGAACAUGAAUUAAGAUUUAACAGACAAAAGGACAUUGAUCUAUUAUAUUCUAUUACAAGCACUCAAUAAGCUGAAGGAUACACUAUGACAGUAGGUUUAUGUCAACUGACAGGAAAAGUUGUCAUCGUUAAUUAAUUAAACAGCAGGUAUUCAGGCGUAAAAUAUAUUAAGUAAAUGGCUGAACCUUGGAUGUAAUAUAUGCAGCAUUGAUGCAGCUUGAAAAGGACGAUGUCAAAUUAAACUGAAAUCAAAAUAACAUUGAAUCAGUCGUGGACUUAACUUUAUAAACUUAUCAAAAAGAGUAGAAAAUAUUGGAUUGCCAAUUAUUUAACUUGUGUGAGAACUAACAGUGAAUGAAACAGGUGAGAGCCAAAUAUCGCUGAUUUAUAAGUGAUAGCGCAUAUAACCAAAACAAUGGCAUUGUACAGUAACGAAGCCUACACAGGCUUUUACAUUCUAGUCAGACUAUAUUUUACAGUUCCAAUGUGCAUUCUAGGAAUAAUUGGAAAUACACUUUCAUUUACAAUUUUGCAUAAAAUGCAGAAAAUAAACACUACAAUUUUUUUGCUUCGGACGUUAGCAAUAACUGAUAUCCUAUACCUGAUAGCAGAGUUGAUCCUGUACCCUUACACCACAAUAUACUGGUACACAGACUGGAUUUGUGACCAAGAAUGGGCACACUACCCCAUGUAUGCCUAUCCUAUAGUGUUCGCGACAGCCGAGGGCUUACAAAUGAUAACCACACUGAUAGUGGUUGUCAUCACCGUGGAACGCUAUAUAGGGAUCUGUCAUUCUCUCCGUGCACAUGUUUGCAGCAUGCGUAACAUUAAAGUUUGGGUGGCUGUGUGCAUAGGGCUAGGUGUAGUAUAUAGCAUACCCAGAGCAUUUGAGGUAGUCAUGCUUGAAACUCCCAAGACUGCUGAUGCCAUUGAGAGAUUUCUCAUUGAUCCUCUGAACCUAAACAGGAGUGGGGGGAUACCUUCCAAUUGUACCAGCACAAACUCAUCCAACAUUACAAAUGGAUAUUAUGUUGCACCAGAGUUUAAGUUAUAUCUUAAUUCCAGCUAUUUUAUUGUGUAUUCUGUACUUGGUAUGGUGUUUCGCUAUGGGGGACCUGUCAUUUUGGUGUGUUAUAUGAAUGCAAGGAUAAUUGCAGCGAUGUAUAAAGUGAAACAGUAUGGGUCAGUCCCCGCAACAACAUUCCCCGAAGAUGAUAGAAGAAAGUCUAUGUGUGCAGUCCAGUGCAUGAACAAUACAUUCAUCAAAUUCACCAAAAUGUGUGUCGUUGUAGCAGUGGUAUUUGUGUUAUGUAUGAUCCCUACGUCUUUUUCAAAUAUUGCCACUAUCAUCAGAAAAUCAUAUAAAGACUUACAAUCCACGCCAAAGUGGCUGCCAUAUUAUAAUAUUGUCAUCAAAUUCAUGUUAGUUGUAAAUUCAUCAGUUAACUUUAUUAUCUAUUGCUGUGUUAAACCUGGAUUCCGGAUGCAGGCCUCAAAAUUAUUUUGUCCUGCAGAAAAAGUCAAAAAAUCUAAAGAACACAGUGAACUGAUUGUCAGCCGGGACAAUACUCUAAGGACAGUUAAUGUAACAACAAAUUAUGAUUACAAAGGUCACUAUGUUUAAAACAACAACAACAAAGUAUGCCUACAAAGGUUACAAUGUUUAAUAUCACAACAUAAUAUUAUUAUAAAAGGUUGCAUAUUUAACAUCACAACAAAAUUUGAUUACAAAAUUUUGCAUGUUUAACAUCACAACAAAAUCUGAUUACAAAGGUUGCAAUGUUUAACAUCACAACAUAAUGUGAUUACA